AUGACUUCGUCAACCUGUGGUGAUGAGACAGGGCGGCACAAAGAUGCCUUGAGGGAGCAAGCCACAAUGCUGCUCACGCUGCACCAGCACCUGCUGCAGCACCAGAAGGCAGCGCAUCAGGCCUUCACCUCUUUGGAUCAGGCCUGCUGCACCUUGGCUGCUUCCUUGGCGGCGUCGUCUGCGCCCGGUGUAGUCGACAGCGCAGCUUUGAAGGAUGCGUCGUCAGGGGCGACGUCGCCAUUAUCAUUGUCGCCGCAGUCCACCGCGCAAGGAUUCACGCAGCUGCUGCGACGUGUCGAGGUACUUCAUCAAUUUCUCUUCAUAAAUCUAUACGUGCAUCAGCGCGAGAGCGUGUUGCGUCUCGUGGACGAAGUAGAACGGCUUGUCGCUGGGAACGCGUCAGCCCCAUCGUCCUUGCCAACGCCCCACUCAACGAUGCUAGAUGACAUUGACACCAGCAGCUGUGGCGGGGCUGACAGCUCGCACCUUGGUGAGGAGCAACGGGAACUGCGCCGGCAAAUUACACAGCUCCGCUACCAGCUUGCGCGUCCUGCCAAGGCUCACGCAAGCGGUUGUCACUCCACGCACACGGACGGCGUCGCCAGCGGGCUGCUGCCUCAAACACAGACGACACCGUUCUCUUCUCCACCGCACGAGAACGGCAUGUCUGGCCCCUCUUCGGCAGCAUUGUGGGCUGUGCUGCACGCCGCCAGAUCUCCUCGCACACAGGCAGGGGUAGCUUCAUCGAAGAUGCAAGGGGCCGCACGCCAGAAUAUGCCCCGACUACGACUCUUCGCGCUGUCCUCGACGUUCCAGAAACACGGCGUCGCCGGUCAGCAGGGCCUUGCCGCCGUGCUGUACGCAGUGCAGCGUCGUUUUCACGUUCACGCUGUCGUACUCGGCUGCACGGCAAGCCCGGAGGCGGAAGUGGACGUGGCCGUGCGCCUCGGCUGCUUGUGCCUUGUAGUGCCGCAUCAUGACCUAGGCAGCUUCCCGGUCCACCCUGGCUUGGUCGUCACCAGUGAUCGAGCGGUGCUCGCCCACAUGGAGAGCCGCGGCGACGGCAUGUCCUCCACUGCGGACGCGUCAUCGCUGGGGUGCGACGCGGCGGAGGGCGAUGAGGAUCUGGCGCUCAUGGCCGACGGCGGCGGCAAGUGCACGGCUGCUCUCGAGGAGCUCUUUGUGUCACUCGAGGCGGAUUUUUCCCUCAUGACCGAUGCCGAGCCGGUGUGGUCAUCGCCAUUCACCACCGCUGCAGCGGAACGCGACGCGCCAGGCAGUCAGGCGCUCGUCGUUGAGCGGUCAGCGCUGCACCGAGACGGACGCCAAACAUCGAGUCAGCGGAAGCGCCAUCGCUCUGGCGGCACUGUGAACUCAUCUGCGCUCUCCACAUCUGCAUCAGCGCCAGAGGGUGUUGCCAUGUCAGCGCAUGAGUCCGACGCUCUGUCGAAUACGGGAGCGGUUCUCUCCAGCCAGUCUUCGCGCGCUCGCAUCACUGGCGCCGCGUGGCUGCGAACCAGCGCCGUUGCUGACGUAAUGAGCCCUGCAGAGGUGUACGAUGCAGCGGCAGAUGCAGACGCCGUCACUCCCUCACAGUUGGCCGUCGAGUCACAGCACGUGGGCAUCACGCAGAACUUUUCAUCGUCGCACCGCUCCGCUACCCCAUCCGACUCCGCGCGCGCCACCCCGGUGCUGUGUCCGCACGAGGGCGUUGCGAGAGUCGAUGAUGCGGCCGCUCCGGCCUCCACUGCUGACGUAAGUGUGCCUCAGCAGUUUGUUUUUCAGAUUAGCAACUCUGUCAAGUACCUGAAAGCUCAGUUGAUGGAAGCCAUUGCGCAGCUUGGCGGGGUGGUGGACCAGAGCUCCGGCUACAGCCGCGCGUGCCGCUACCUUGUGGUGGCGGAGGGCAUCACAGAGAGGACGGAGAAGUACCUUGGCGCCUGCGCUGCUGCCGCGUACAUUGUGCCGCCGCGCUUUGUCUUCGAUUCGCAGCGUCGUGGCUACUGGCUAGCGAACCGCGUUCAAGAGUACGACAUGAGCCCUCAGCGAAUCAUCGCACACGCGCCACGUGCCGUUCCAAUCUUCAGCAACUGGCGAGUUGUUCUCAUCACUUGCCGUGCCGCCGCUGCACGGGGCGUGCUGGCGGCGUUGCUGGCUGGCGGCUGCACACAGGCCACCGCGUUUGUGGUGGACAUAACGGCGGAACCACCGAUGAACCCCGGCGCGCGCUUGUGCGUUUACGACGAGACCUGUGCAACCGCCGAGGGCAUUGUCGAAGGGGUGUGCCCGUCUAGCAGCAUCGCUGCACACACGCUGCAGUCGGCGACGCACAUCCUUGUUGAGUGCAGCACCGUCACCGCUCAUGGGCUCUUUCAAAUGCCGGACUGGAUGCCGGCCUGCGUGCGUCAGCCCGAGUACCAGCCCCGCAUCUUCACACUGGAGCUGCUUUACUUUUGCCUAUGCGCGCAUCCAGAGCGCGUCUUCGACGCGGAGGGCCAGCUGAGCGAAGUGGACGCCCUCACCCCCGCAUGCCGAGUCGAGCUUGUCUGA